AUUAUUAUGGGCUGUGGGCGCCGCCGCCGCCGCUGAGGAGCAAGAUGGAGCUGUCUGCAGUGGGGGAGCGCGUCUUCGCCGCCGAGUCCAUCAUCAAGCGGCGCAUCCGAAAGGGGCGCAUCGAGUACCUGGUGAAAUGGAAAGGCUGGGCCAUCAAGUACAGCACCUGGGAACCCGAGGAGAACAUCCUGGACUCCCGCCUCAUCGCCGCCUUCGAGCAGAAGGAACGAGAGCGUGAGCUGUACGGGCCCAAGAAGAGAGGACCUAAGCCUAAAACUUUUCUCCUGAAGGCUCGGGCCCAAGCGGAGGCCCUCCACAUUGGGGAUGUACACUUUUCUGUCAAGCCUGGUUCUAGCACGUCCUCUCCCAAGCUCCACUCCAGCGCCGCGGUGCACCGGCUCAAGAAAGACAUCCGACGAUGCCACCGCAUGUCCCGACGCCCCCUGCCUCGUCCAGACCCCCAGAAUGGCGGGAGCGUGGGUGGUGGGGCUGGCAUCCGUCCUCCUGUCUCGCCCUUCUCGGAGACCGUCCGCAUCAUCAACCGUAAGGUGAAACCCCGUGAGCCCAAACGCAGUCGCAUCAUCCUCAACCUCAAAGUCAUUGACAAAGGUGGGAAGCCAGCUAAUGGGACCGGGGGCCUGGCUCGGCCCAAGAUCCCAUCCCGAAACCGCGUCAUCGGAAAGAGCAAGAAGUUCAGCGAGAGCGUCCUUCGCACCCAGAUCCGUCACAUGAAGUUUGGUGCCUUCUCGCUCUAUAAUAAGCCGUCCACUGCACCUGCCCCCUCUCUGGAGGGCAAAGGAGAGGCCGAAGGCUCCCAGGCGGCCUCCUGUGGGCUCAUUAUGGGCUCCACCCCUUAUGAUGCCCCCAGCUCCAGCUCCUCCGGCUGCCCAUCGCCAGCCCCCCACUCCUCCUCUGACCCAGAUGAUUCCCCUCCGAAGCUGCUUCCCGAGACCCUCAGCCCAGCCAUCCCCGACUGGCGUGAGUCGGAGGUCCUCGACCUCUCAAUCCCACCUGAGUCGGCUGCCACCAGCAAGCGUUCUCCCCCAGGAGGGUGCAGUGGGGGGCAGACACCCUCCUUGUCCCUCUCCUCUUCUGACCCAGAGCAGGAAGCUGGCGACUGGCGUCCUGAGAUGUCUCCUUGCUCUAAUGUGGUGGUCACGGAUGUCACCAGCAACCUCCUCACUGUCACCAUCAAGGAGUUCUGCAACGCAGAAGAUUUUGAGAAGGUGGCAGCAGGUGGCGGUGGUGGAGGUGGCAGCAAGUGAGCAGCCAGGUCCCCCUGCUCCAGGGGCAUGGGGGGAGCUAUACCUGUGAGAAGUCGUGGUGCGAAUGGCUGUCCUUAGUUCUCUCCUUCUCCCCUUGGCUGUCCCUCUGCCCUCACUGCCACCCUUCCUCCUCCUUUCCUCCUGCCUACUCCUUCUUGCCUGAAGGCUGGAGCGUGUCAGUGCGGGGGAGUGGGGGCACCCACCAUUCCUGGGUGUCACUGCUGCUAGGAGGAGAGGCAGGGAGGGUCGUGGUGGGGCUUGGGGAGUGGUUGUUUGUCCUUGAAUGUGGUGUUGUCCAACGGGCGGUGGAGCCUUUGGGGAUGAGGGAUGGGUGAGCAUGUGUCUGUGUGCCUGUGGGGGUGAUGGGGAAGGUGCUCUUCCCCCUCCUUCCCCUUCCAUCUUUGACAAAAACUGAAGAGGAGCUCCAGACCGUUGAGGGGAGGAUGUAAGAGGAUUGGAGCCCUUGCCCACUCCCCCCAAGCCUUCUCCCACAAUGUGCAUGGAGUCUCUUCCAUUCCUAUGUUUCCCCCUUGCCGUGACUCUGAUCCUGCCAUCCUUCCUGUUCUUGGCCUGUGGCCUGGAUCUGCCGCCGUCUAUGCUGUCCUCGUGGCAGUGGCUGAUCCAGAUGCCCCUAGAAUGAAGGGGAGAGGGGCAGGUGAAGCGUCAUGCCUGGAAGGUGCUUGAGACAAAGCUGGGGUGGUUGAGGGGUACCCCAUGCAGCACACACCCCAUAUUGGCUUCCCCUUUCCUUUGACUAUUGGUGCUACCUUGGCAGUUGUAUGGGCGCUUUCAGGUGGCCUGGUCUCUCCUCUUCUGCAUCUUCCAACUUACUCAGCUUUGCAGGGGGAAGGGAAGAAAAGGGGAGUCUGCUUCUGGCCCAGACCUUCCUCCUGGUGUUCAUCACUUGCACUUGCCUGGGGGAGUGGGCAUGAAAUGCCCUUCCCCGGCCUUUCUGUGGUGGAAGUGGGAGUGGGCCGUGUGUCCAUCCUUCAGUCUGGGGGAAAAUACGCUGACAGCAUGAUGCUGCCUCAGCCGGGUGAGGCUGGUCUCCCACCUUGCACAUAAGCUUCCCCCAACCCUUUUUUCUUCCCACCGCUUCCUCAGAAGGAGGGAGGGACAGAUGCUAAGGCAGGUCGUUUGCUCUUCCCACUUCCUUUCGUCUCUCCUGCUCUCCUUUCCCUGUGGUGGAUGGCAUGGAAGCGGAUUCCCCUCUGUCUUUUCAGCAUCUGAAACAGCCCUUACAACUGUCAACCAAAGGUGCUAAUAAGAAAUAACUGUCUCUCUCACAUCGUAUGCAUGUACGCUGGAUCUCUUCCCCCAGAGCUCCUGUGAGCCGAUCUAAAAAUUCCUUCUCUUUGCCUCUAGCAAGUAGGAGCGAGCAAGACCACAGCUUGCUAUUCUUUACCCACAGCUCCUUCUUUCCCUGACCACCCUUGUUCAUGUCCAAAAUAAGCUCUCUCUUUUGCCUGCCAUUUCUGGCUUCCUUCAUUUCUGUGUGAGUCCUAAGCUUCGUGGGGAGAUGCCGGUCCUUUGCUCUUCCUUCUCCCCCUACUCGCACAGGACUCGGCCUGUAGGGGCAAGGAAAAGAGGUGCUGAUCAAUUUGUGGCAGAGCCUCCCCCUCUCAGCCCUAUCUCUGGGAUUUGGGAUGGGGCAGAGGGGUGUCACUUCUACAUAACAUGCUGCAGAGGUGAAAAGGGUGGAAAAAAAUUCCCUGCGCCAGGGCUCACUUACUUGGAAACCUUCCCUGGGCAGGUAAACACAAGUGGAAUUGGCCCCUCUGGUGCUUCCACAUGAUGAUGCUCAGGAGCCACCAGCUCCGAGGAGUGUUCUCAUGUGGAGUAGUGAUUUUGUGGUUGCAGUGGUCUGAGGGUAGCAGUGAGGCAGUUUGUGGGAGAGACGUAAUAUUUGUCUGCCCAAGGGGUGUUGUCGGGGUGGUAGACCAGCUUCUGACCUUAAUUAGGGCUUCUGGGCCCAGAGCUUGUCUCUUCCCCGCCUCCAGCGCCUGGGUUGGUGUAAUAAAAUCUUUGCUGCCCUCCCCACAAGCCUUGCCUUGCAGCGGUGGCAUUCAGUUCACUGUGGGGCACAGUGAAUUCACACCAGUUGCAGUUCGAUGUCUGUGUAGACAGUCUGAGGGGGAUUCCAGGUGCUGUUAGCACCACCCUUUGCGUACCUCUUUCUUUUUCUUUCCUUGGUUGAAGAGCUUAGUGGACUGUUUGGGGAUGCAGCUGCAUUCACAGCUGAAGCUAGGGGCAGGGAGAAGGAGACUUCCCCGAUCCAUUCACCAAACUAAGGCUUCCUAUAACUUGUUGGACUUGUGUGCGUGUCUGUAUUAAUACCUGCCUGUAUUUUUUGUCUCUCUUUUUUUUUCAUCUUUCCUGUGCCUGGCACACCCGGGGAUCCCUUAUUUUAGCAUAGCCUAUCCAUUUGACUGCAGCUUCAAAGAUGAGCAGUUUGUAGGCAUAGGGAAAAGCUCUUUCUUAGGGAAAUAGCGAGGAGAUUCUUCUCUUUUUUCCCCACCCCUUCUCAACAAGAACUAUUCUGUGGCUGUGAGAUAAGAGGAGAUUCUUUGUGGGGUGGAUGCAAACUGGCCAGUCACUUUAGGUUGUUGAGUUGCUGUUUGGUGUGUAUGUGGUGAUGUGUUUUGUUUCGUGGUAUUGAGGUUCUGAAAAAAAAAAAAAAAAAAGUUGAAGCGUUUAAGUGGGAGAUAAAAGGGAACUUUAAUAGGAAACUCUUGAUGUGUUUUGGCCAAGAUGUGUUGGCUUGGCAGAAUUCUUUUCCCCAGUGUCUCUUGUAUGGUGUUCUUUGGGGGCAGGGGACAGGAAUUGUUUAUUUGAAGGGGUUUUGCCUUUCUCCAGAGUGACAAGCAAGGGGACUGUCUGUGAGGAGCAAAACAGUGGGUCAUUGUAGGGAUACUCCGUGAGGACCUUCUUCCUGUGGUGAGGAGAUGAGGGGACUUGUUGCCGCAGAGGAAUUCGUGCAGUAGAUCCUCUUUGUGGAGGAAGAAAGGAGUAUGAUCCGGCUUGCAGACACAGCUCGACUGCUUGCGUGACAAAUCUCUCCCUGGGUAGGUCGCCAGGUGGGAACCAAACCCUGAACCUCUGGAUCCGAAAUGAGGAUCCCAUGCUGUUUUGAGUUAGAGGUUUGCUAACUUGAACACAGCAGCAGCCUCAAGUUCCCUUGGGUGGACGGGCCACUUGAGGCUGACUAACCUACCUUCGUAUUUACGUGGGUUACACUCCUCCUUCUGAAUUUUUGCCCUUGCUCCUUAACGGAGGUGGGAAAGAAGAUCUAUCCAUGCCCUUUAAAAAGGGUAUGGGAUUGAGGGAGGAGUUUAUUUGAAAGUAUCCCCUUCCCUUCCCCUUAACUCCUGGAAAAAAGAAAAACAAAAACAGGGAAAUAUUCUCUGUGUCUGUGCCAUGUUUGUUCUCUUGUCGUCGUGUUUUUAGAGGAGAUUUUAUGAUGGAGUGGAAAAAGUGAAAUGAUUAGUUUUGCAUAAAAAAAGAAAAGUUUAAAAAAAAUUUCUACAGGGAGAGAGCGAGAGAGAGAGAGAGUUUAAAAAUGAAUAAUAAAUGCAGUGAUUGCACAAACUGUAGUGGUAUUAGAUGGUCCUUAGAGAAAAGAGUAUUUUGUAGUAUCGAAGCAUGUGUGUCUGGGAUGGUGUUUGGCUUGCUUGAACUGGAGGGAAAGGCAUACUGGGACUAAGCAGCGAUCGCUGAGCUGAAAAGGCAAGUUGCGUGUUGGAGGAACCCUGUCUACAAACCCUUCCCGUCCUUGCCUCCCAAGUGUUGGAGUGAGUUCCCUUCCCUCCCAUACCUCUCCUGUGAGCUAAGGUGGAGUCUCCAAGUGGUUUUCCGGCCGAGUGGCCCUCAGAAAUGGCCAGUCACGUUCUGCCAGAGCGUGCAUCGGGCCACCAACAUGGAAACAGUUGACUUUCUUUGCAUGCACAGCAAGCUGCUAAGAUUUGGGGUUGGCAUGUACCUUUCCUGCCAAGUCGUUGUCUCUUCUCUUUUCCUUCCCCCCAUAUCCAAGCAGGAUUACACACGGUGGGCUUAUAUCCUAGGAAGCAGGUACACCUCCCCUCCUUAGGGUCUCUUAGCUUCUUCCGGCGUCAGGUGGGGAGUGUCAUUUUUCCGUAUAGGAUUCACCACAUCAGGACAGAAAACUGAGUCCCAUAUGUAUGUGGUCCGGCAUCCCAUCCGUCCCAUCCGGACAGUGACCGGAUCUUCAGAGGCAGAUGAGAGAGCUGCCUUGUGUGCUCUGAAGGUGUUGCUGAGUGAAGUGUACCCUUUUCUUGAGGCCAGCAAAUGCUGGAGCUUUUGGGAUGGGGAGAGGAACACCCCAACAGGACUGUGCUCGAGUAGGGCUGCCACUUUCUGCUCCAGCUUCCUGCGGGAUGGCGGGCAAGAGUUCCCUGAACAUUUCUUCAAAGUGAGGAGGCAGCUUUUGCGUGCUGGCUUCCCCAUCCAAGAUGUCUCCGCUUGGGCUUUCAUCUGGUGCGUGGGAGUGACUGCAGGGAGGAGGGAAGCCACCAGAUGUUGGUAUCUGAACAGAAGGUGGCAGGCAGGGGACACUAGGACAGCUUUUCUUGUCUGGACUUCUCUGGUGCCCAUGGCUUUACAGUGGCAGGUGACGGAUGUCUCGAUGCCUCACGUAACCUGGGCUGCUCUUGGGAACUUCUUUUCCUCUCUGCCCAUCGAGCUCUGUCAGUGCUUCCCACGGCCUUCAGCUUGGAGCGGCAGCCUCCUGUCUUGUGCUCUCUUUCUCUCCUCGCUGAGCAGAGCGGGACUGGGGAGGCGUGAAGCUAAUGAGAUGCAAGCUCCUUUUGGGAUGGAAAACAGGGAAAAUAGUGUGGCGAGCAGGCCCAGCUGUGGUGAGCCACUGCUUAGUUUCUGUUUUCAAAAGAGAAAGGGAGCAUUUCUCUGCGUCUCCCCUUAUCGAAGUUCCCAGGGAGAUUUUAUGAAAUAAGUAAAACAAACAAAAAAACCCAACCACAAUCCUGCUUUUUACCAGGUAGGAGCUGUCUCUGAGCUGAGUCUUCCUAGGGAUUUCACUCCCUUUCCCAGCCCCUCUUUGUAGAGGAGGUUUUAGCAGCUCCCAGCGUUUGGAGAUGAUCACCUUCCUGGGGACCUCCUGGCAGAAAGGGGUUGCCAUGCUGAAGGAUGGUGUCCCAAGUCCUCCAUGCUUCUGCCCACACCAGGUCGUGGCAUUAGUGGGGCUGCUCGGGAGCAAGUCCUUCCCAAGGAGGUGUAACAAACCUGGAGUGCGUGUCUGGCUAAGUGCUUAUUUUUCCCUUCGCCUCCUUCCCCACCUUCCGAACGAGACCUUUUCCUCCUUGCCUGGCGCAUCCUUUUACUCCAAUGUUGCUUGCUUUUGCUGCAUUUUUCAAUCGCCCAAUAAUCGUGCAAGAGCUGGGAUCUUAUUUACUUUUUAUAUAUAAAUAUAUAAAUAUAAAAGAAACCCUCUCUUUUCCCCUCCUUCCCCACCCUGUCUCACCCACCACCCCGCACGCAGCCUUUCUCAUCUCCGCUCUGAAGGCGGUGUGCUGUAGAGGGUUGAUUUUGGGGCCGGGGAUUCGGUGCCUCCUGGAUUCUGUUCCUUCUUGGUUUGCCGUGGCCUUUCUGCCAGCUGCGUCACUGCCCUGUGCCUCGAUCUCCCUGGUGCCAAGGGGGCGGUGGGUGAAGGGGACCAUCCUGCUGAGGGUGCUGGCAGCCCGACUCCCGCGGCGUUUGCACAGAGCCGGAGGAGUGCCGAGUGUUGCUUCAGAAAUCCCCUUCUCCCUGUCCGUGCUUCCUUCCCUAGGUAACUCCAGCAAGUAUCUUCAUUUCAUCGAAGCUUUGGGGUUGAACAAAUAAGUGGCUUUAUUUUUAUUUUUUUUUCUUACUUCUGUUUUUUUUUUUUUAUUAUUAUUUUUUUAGGUCCCUCCCCAGAGCACAAUGCAUAUGGUUUCUUUUGGGGAGUGUAGAUGGGAGGAGAUGUUGGAGUCCUUCUUCGUCCUCACCUUUGCCCUUCCGUCCUCUACUUCUCUCCCCUUUUGAUGUUGGCCUUGUGUCAGACUGACGUGGGGGUUGCAGCCCUGUCUGUGCAGGGCCGGCAGCCGUGGUGCCAGCAGCCUCCCCUGUGUUCUGCAUGGUGCAUCUGGGGUGCCCCAUGUCCCACCUGCCUCGCUUGCCAGGAAGUCGCAGGGCCCCGAGUUCUUCUUGCUUACUUUAAAUUUCUCCUUUCAGGAGUGAAGGGAGGUGUAGCCAGUUUGCCCUUCCCGUGGUGGUGGGCUGCCUCUGGCAGCUCUUUUCUCUCUUCCAGCUUCUGUGUGGUGGGAAACUAAAUGUCUCCAGGACCAUCCAAAAGCAUGGUCCUUGGGGUGAGAGUCCCUCCACCUCGGGUGAGCGCUGUGGGUGGAGGAGUGAGGAUGCUCUCUGCGCUCCCGGCCUGAGUGGAGCAGGGAGGUGGGCAGCAAGCACCGUGUGGCAACGCAGGGAAGAAAUAAGGUGACAGAAGAACGGCCGGAUGCAGUCAGGGUGAUGCCAGCUUCAGCAGUGGCUCAGAAGAUGUGUCUGGUGGGAGGGAAGGGGCAUGGUCAGGACAAGCCGCUGAAGUGUUAAUUCCCGUUGCAGGGCCCCGGUUCUUGACUUCGUUCCUUGUUCAGCCGAGCACUUAGAGCUUGCACUAAACCGCAGGAGCGCGGCUGGUUGCAUCAAAGCACUUCGUGGGGCUUCGGGGCCUCGUAGGACUAACGGAGCCCUUACAUGCUCCCGAGCAGCCCCCCCCCCCCCUCCCCGGGCUGCAGUGCCCCGUUCUCCGGGGGUGCCGAGGGUUCCCUUCUGGGCAGAGCAGCAGGUAGGUCACUCUUCAGCUCUCCUGGAGGGAGCCUACUGCUUCCCACCCCCUGGCUCCAAAGGGAGACUUAGGUCAAGUUCUCAAACAGAACCAAAAAAAAAAAGAAUUUUCAUUGCGAUGACUCUCUUUUUUUCUUAGAAAAAAAACCCCAAAAGUUGUCGUGCCUGCGCCUUCCCCAAGCUAAUGAACUUGGUGUGCUCUCCUCCCCUCUCUUCUGUUCUCCCCUGCUGUUGAGCCUUGUACGCUCCUUAAGAAUAGAGGACUCUCUUUCUCUUUUGGAAUAUCUUUUUGUUCCUCCCCCCCUUCUUUGUUUUCUUUUUUGGAUAGAAAGUUGUCCAGCGGUGGUGGAGGACAGGGGCCUGCCUCAUCCGUUCCUUCCUUUCACCUUCCCCAGUGCCAAGCUUAGGCUCAAGUCCUGCAGAUUCCUGCAAAUACCGAACUUGUAGCAGGCGAGUUACCCCACUGAGCUCUGCGGUACGUGGGCGCUUCACGUUCUGCCUGCGCUUGAGUUUUGGCAGCAUCAGGGCCUUAUCCUUUCUCUUAGAGAAGGUCAGACCUAACUCCUAGAGUGCUGGUGGUUCUGGUGCGACCCAUCUGUCUCUCUGUUUCCCCUCACUUGGCAUACAGAGUGAAGGUGGUAUUUUUUUUUUUUAUUUAAAAUAAACCUAAAUAUGUAUCUUUGUACUUUUUUUUUUAUUUUGGAAAAAAAAAAAAGCAUUUAAGGAUUGUGCACGGAUGAAUUGUAUAUCUAUAUUUUUUUUUUGUCUUGCAAUUUUCAUUUUAAAUAUAGUGUUUGUUCAGUUUCGUUUUGUUUGUUGUUUUUUGUUUGGUUUUGUUUUGUUUUUUUUUUUUAAAUCCAGUUCCCAGCUGGCUAAACUCUGUCUAGAGCGGAUGGGUGGGAGGCGUAGCCACUGGAGGGGUGAUGGAAUCGCCCCUUCCCCUGGCACUUCCCACAAGAAAAUGGUUUUGCUCCAGGUUUGGGGGUGGGGGUUGUGCUAAUUACUCUUGUAUUCUUGUACAUUUUGUUCUUUCUGCUGCUCUUGAAUAUUGUAUCAAUGCCAGAAAUGGGGAGUUAAAAAUUAAAAAUAAAAAUUAACCCCAAU